AUGCUGCAGGAUAAUCAGUAUUUCAACCCCACCUGGGUAAUUGUUCCUAAUCGAAAACGUAUUUCAGAGUUUUUGUCAACAAUUCAUGAGGUUUGUCAUGCACUGUAUAUAUUUCUUGAAGGCAACUAAGUCCGUUGACAGAAACAUGUUCUAAUUUCACGAGAUUCCUGAUCGUACACAUCAAAAAGGCACGCAUUGAAGACAAGGAAUUCGAGGAAGUUAAUUUCUGGCGGUUCAACCUGCCAGUCCUAUCCAAAUAUGAGGUCUGAGAAGGCCUUGACAUUGUUUGUUGGGAAGGCAUCUGUCCUAUCAGCUAACUCGCGGAAAUUGACUCUAUCAACUUUGCAGAAACGUGAAUGUGAGACCUAUUCGAAAGGCUUUAGGCAGGAGACAAAAGACGGCAGAAUGUCCCUGAUUCCUUCCACAGUCCGGCCAUCACCUUGGACACCUCUGUCACGUGACUCAAGGCACCGGCGUUUCCUUUUUUAGUACUAAUGUCCGGAGCAGCAAUUUACCAAAACAACCGGAUCGUUUCUGCCAAAGCCGAAUGAGGGGCUAGUACCGCGGAUCAACGGCCACGAUACUCCGGCAUUUCCAUCGUCGCAGAUUGUCAGCGGACAUUCUGCGCAGGGAUCGGCCUCACCGAACAUCUUCGGACUCGAUGGACCGCCUCCACCCACCGCCCCAAAUAUGCCCCCCAGUGCCACCAAUACCGUAACCCCCACGACGCUUGCGACGGCAAACGCUACCACCACCACCACCAGGGGCGAGCAAAGACCCGAUGCCCUACCGUCGCCCACCACCACCUCCAUAAUCACUGUCGCAACCCCCGCGCCAGCGGCGACGGCGACUGCACGGAUGCUCAUGUGA